GGUCCCGGCGCGGGGGCGUUGGGCGCGGGCAGGGCUGGGAGCGUGGAGGACCCCAGGACCCGACCGGGCCGAGGCCUCCAGCCUUGCUCUGCGCUGCAGCCAGGGGGCAUCUUAAGACACAGGUCACGUGACAUCUCUCGUCCGCUUAGGGCUGCCAUGGGCUCGGUGGGCAGCCAGCAACUCCAGGAGCCCAGCGCGGCGAGCACGCCGCACAGGAGCGUGGUGAUGAGCUUCAGCUUCGACAGCGGCCAGCUGGAGGAGGUGGUGGCAGGGGUAGCCCAGGCCCAGGGCAGUAGGGCCGGGGGCAUCCCGAUUUUCACGGACUCUGCAGAGGAGCCGGUGCCUGAUGACCGCUACCACGCCAUCUACUUUGCGAUGCUUCUGGCCGGCGUGGGCUUCCUGCUGCCUUACAAUAGCUUCAUCACCGACGUGGACUACCUGCACCACAAGUACCCAGGGACCUCCAUUGUGUUUGACAUGAGCCUCACCUACAUCCUGGUGGCGCUGGUGGCUGUGCUCCUGAACAACGCGCUGGUGGAGAGACUGAGCCUGCACACGAGGAUCACGGCAGGCUACCUCUUAGCCUUGGGCCCCCUCCUCUUCAUCAGCAUCUGCGACGUGUGGCUGCAGCUCUUCUCUCGUGACCAGGCUUAUGCCAUCAACCUGGCUGCGGUGGGCACCGUGGCCUUCGGCUGCACAGUGCAGCAAUCCAGCUUCUACGGGUACACGGGGAUGCUGCCCAAGAGGUACACGCAGGGGGUGAUGACGGGGGAGAGCACGGCGGGCGUGAUGGUCUCCCUGAGCCGCAUCCUCACGAAGCUGCUGCUGCCCGACGAGCGGGCCGGCACGCUCAUCUUCUUCCUGGUCUCCGCGGGCCUGGAGCUGCUCUGCUUCCUGCUGCACCUGCUGGUGCGGGGCAGCCGCUUCGUGCUCUACCACACGGCGCGGCCCCGCCCCGGCCGCAGGGCCGGCUACCGCGUGCACCACGACGUGGCCGCCGAGGACGUGCACUUUGAGCACCAGGGCCCAGACCUGGCCAACGGCGGGUCCCCGAAAGACAGCCCAGCCCACGAGGUGACCGGCGGCGGGGGAGCCUACACACGCUUUGAUGUACCUCGGCCGAGAAUCAGGCGCAGCUGGCCCUCCUUCCGAGCCUUGCUGCUGCACCGCUACGUGGUGGCCCGCGUCAUCUGGGCGGACAUGCUCUCCAUUGCCGUGACCUACUUCAUCACGCUGUGCCUGUUUCCGGGGCUCGAGUCCGAGAUCCGCCACUGCAUCCUGGGCGAGUGGCUGCCUAUUCUCAUCAUGGCCGUGUUCAACCUCUCUGACUUCGUGGGCAAGGUCCUGGCGGCGCUGCCCAUGGACUGGCGGGGCACCCACCUGCUGGCCUGCUCCUGUCUCCGCGUGGUCUUCAUCCCGCUCUUCAUCCUGUGCGUCUACCCCAGCAGCACGCCCGCCCUCCGCCACCCGGCUUGGCCCUGCGUCCUCUCCCUACUCAUGGGCAUCAGCAACGGCUACUUCGGCAGCGUGCCCAUGAUCCUGGCGGCGGGCAAAGUGAGCCCCAAGCAGCGGGAGCUAGCAGGGAACACCAUGACCGUGUCCUACAUGACGGGGCUGACACUGGGCUCGGCCGUGGCCUACGGUACCUACAGCCUCACGCGGGACGCCCGCGGCAGCUGCCCCGACCGCUCCGCUGCCAACGCCUCCUUCGCCGCUGGCCUCUGAGCCAGGCCUGGGCCCCCAGCCCUGCCCAGGGAGGGCUGCCGGGGCCCUUCCCCACCCCUGCCUGCAGUGCCUGCGGGGCCCCGGCCUCCUCCCCGCACCGAGACCGCCACCCUCUCUGGGCCCACCUGCCCUCACUCCGGCCCCAAGGUUCUGCCAAGUUCUCGGAGGCCUGGCCGUGUGGCUGCCACAGGGUCCCACCAGCACUGUGCUCCGCGUUCCGUCUCACGCCGCCCUUUGCCACCUGCGUGUGUCUGGUGGUCCCAGCGCCAGCCAGGACAGUGACAGACCACCAGCUGGUGUUCCCUUCUGGUGACCCUCACCUGGCUCUGCUCUGAGGGCCCCAUGGCCCCAGCCACACCGUCCUCAGCACCUCCUUCACUGGGGACCCCUCGCCCCCAGGCCUCCCCCGUCCCCAUUCUUAAACGCUGGGUCUCCCCGGCAAAAUGCGUUUGCCGUGAAGGAGCUGUAAGCUCUGGGUCUGAAUGGUUUCAGACCACGGUCUGCGCUGGCCUUUCUGCAACCCCAGCUUUGGUGCUGGCCUGGGUGCACCCACCCCAUGCCAGCACUCCCCGUGCACCCUGGUACCCACCUGAUGCCACAGGCCUGGGGGUCUGUGCCUGCCUGGGGACCCCCGAUGACUUCUCCGGAUCCUCCACCUGUGAUACAGGAGGGGGACAGUUUGGGGGCCGCAAAGCAGGGCCCACACCCUGGCUAAAGUCAACCUGUGACCUAGGCCUUGAGCCCUGUCCAGGGAGGCCCAAGGAGGGACAGACAUGCCGGAGUCCCUGGCAAGUAGGAAGGGGUGGGGUCUCCCCAGAGGUCCAGGCUGGCUUGGUGCCCCGAGCUGGGGGCGUUUCCAGAUCAUCCUGCCAAAGACGGGCUUCUCCACGGGGAGGACAGGUACCCACGGCACCGCUGUGACCACCCUGCCCCUCUACGUCCGGUGUCCACCCGUCUGUCCACUAACUGUACCGCACUGGCCAUUAAAGAUGAAGGCAGAGCGACUGCCCCA